UUUGGAGCCUUUCUUCCUCGUAAAGAAAGUGAUACAUAUAUAUAUAUAUACUGCUUUCCAUAUAUAUAUAUAUAUAUGGAGCAGAGAAAGGGAGCAGAAUCAAAGGACGCUGGGGGGGAGAAAUGGGUUUACGAUUCUUCCAUGGAUCACAAAGGACAAGUUCCUCUUCGAGCUUCUACUGGUGUUUGGAAAGCCGCCAGGUUUAUCAUUGCAAUUGAAUUCAGUGAGAGGCUGAGUUACUUUGGGCUUGCAACGAGCUUAAUCCUUUACCUCAGCAAAGUAAUGCAUCAAGAUCUUAAGACAGCAGCCAGGAAUGUGAACUAUUGGUCUGGUGUGACUACUUUGAUGCCACUGUUGGGAGGGUUCAUAGCUGAUGCUUACUUAGGCAGAUUCUCAACAGUGCUCAUCUCAACCAUAAUCUACCUCAUGGGUUUGAUCCUCCUGACGAUGUCCUGGUUCGUACCGGGCCUCAAGGCUUGUGAGAAUGAAAUAUGCACCGAGCCGAGGAAGGUUCACGAGGUGGUCUUUUUUCUAGCCAUUUACUUGAUCUCUAUAGCGACUGGAGGGCAUAAACCCUCUCUGGAGAGCUUUGGAGCUGACCAGUUUGAUGAAGAUCAUCACGAAGAAAGAAAACAAAAGAUGUCGUAUUUCAAUUGGUGGAAUUUUGGCCUCUGCUCUGGACUCCUGUUUGGUGUCACUGUGGUUGUCUAUGUGCAAGACCAUGUGAACUGGGGUGUUUCUUACAUUAUUCUCACUGCAGUCAUGGCAGCGUCGCUGGUUAUUUUCGCCAUUGGGAGGCCAUUUUACCGUUACAGGGGAGCAACGGGGAGCCCCUUGACACCAUUGGUGCAAGUUCUUGUUGCAGCCAUUAGGAAGAGAGAUCUUGCUUACCCUUCCAGUCCUGAUCAGUUGUAUGAAGUUCCCAAGACGGAGAAAACCCAAGGGAGGCUUCUUUGCCACACAAACAAACUCAAAUUUCUAGACAAAGCGGCCGUCUUUGAAGACAAGAACAAUCCGACGGCUGAGAAGCAAAAUCUCUGGAGACUUGCAACGGUAACCAAGGUGGAGGAGUUGAAGCUUGUUCUCAACAUGAUCCCCAUAUGGCUUGCUACUCUGCCAUUUGGAAUAUGCAUAGCGCAGAGCACCACAUUCUUCAUAAAACAGAGUGUGACUAUGAACAGAAAGAUCGGAGAUGGUUUUGUGAUUCCCCCGGCCUCCAUCUACGGAAUUGCAGCAAUAGGAAUGAUAAUCUCCGUGACCAUUUACGAGAAAUUCAUCGUCCCUAUGUUACGAAACACAACAGGAAACGAACGAGGCCUGAAUCUCCUCCGGAGGAUUGGGAUUGGAAUGUCAUUUACAAUGGUUACAAUGGUGGUCGCAGCACUUGUCGAGAAGAAAAGGCUUGGUAUGGUGGAGAAUGAUCCGAAAAAGGGCGCAGAUUCAAUGAGCGUUUUCUGGUUGGCUCCACAGUAUCUCAUCAUUGGGUUCGGAGAUGGGUUUGCUCUGGUGGGGUUGCAGGAGUACUUUUACGACCAAGUUCCAGAUUCCAUGAGAAGCCUAGGCAUUGCACUUUACCUUAGUGUCAUAGGAGCUUCAAACUUCCUCAGUAGUUGGUUGAUAACGGUCGUUGACCACGUGACCACCACAAGCACGGGCAGCCACGGUUGGUUUGGUAAAGAUUUGAAUUCUAGCCGCUUGGACAAAUUCUAUUGGCUGUUGGCGGCCAUUUCUUCGGUGAACAUGUUCUUUUAUGUGUUCUUGGCUCGAAGGUAUACUUACAAAAAUGUGCAGAAGGUGGUUGUCGCAGACUGCCAUGAAGGCGAUGAUGAAGCUGUGGUGUAGUCAAAGGGCAUUGAUAUAUAUAUAUAUAUAUACUUUCUGCUUUCAGUAUAGUGUGUUUAAAUAAGUAAAUUAUCAAGUU